CAAUACACAGGACGAAGGACGUUGUCGUGGUCGGUUGGCUGCAUCGGCAUAGAGAAAUGUGUCGUUGUCGGCUUGACAGAAGCAGUGGAGCCAUUUGUUAUACCGCUACCGAUUCAGUGCUCUACGUAAAUUCACAGCGUUUUGGUGUCUCCGUCUCCGUUGAUUUGGUUUGUUAGACUUGUUAUUUUCUUGCAAGUCUACGCGAUUGCGUGUGUAUGUGUGGGUGUGCGACUGUGCGAAAUAACAACAGCAACAACAAUUAGAGGAAACAACCAAGCAAGCGGAAAGUGAACUGCAAAAAAAAAAAACAACAUUUAUAAACAAAAAUUACAAAAAUGAUAAAAUGUCAUUUGCAUGCUCAAUUUAACAUGAAUUGCAUUUAAUUUUUAAAUCUAAAAUUGGAAAAACCAAAAAAAAAAAAAAAUAGGAAUACACAACAAAUUUGCUUAUCUAAAAGUUAAAGAAACUUUCAAUCAAAACAAGAUGAAAACUCGACUCGUUUCGUUAACCUAUCGCGGCAGUGCAUCCGUCGAUCCCCGCUACUCGGCGUCCAUGUUACCCUGGACAAUCAACGAUAUUCGAUCCACAGAAAGCUACACAAAGCUAUCAGUGGGCAUCGAGAAUGGCAAACUGGAGUCCUACAAUUCGGACUUUGAGCUACAGUUUAGCCAUCCCCUAAAGCAUAUCGUGGGAAUGUGCCGUAUCGUACACAAACCGCAGGCAAAGACCGUUGGCAACGGUUUUAUGCAGCUCAAAUCAAAUGCUGGAACUGGCAAUUUCUCCAAUUCUGCAACGGUCUCCACAUCCUCAUCUUCAACAACAUCUUCCACAGCUGCCGCCGCCGCUGGCAACUCAUUAACCGCAAAUGGACCGCGUCACACACUAACCACAUCCACAUCCUACGGCUCACUCUCGUCUAGCGCUGCAGCCGCUUAUCAGUUGCAACAGCAACAGCAGCAGGCAACUGAUACAGAGCAGCCGCAGAACUUUAUGGAAUUCCAGGGACCCAUCACUGGCCUGGUCUACUUGUUAAAAGAUCCUAAGGAUCCCCUGCUGCACAUCUAUCUAUUUGAAUGUGAAACCAUCGAGGAGAUGGCCGAGCUGAUGCAUCAGAUGAGGGAUCCGGCGCAUACGCUCGGCGGAUCUGUGGGCAGCAUACCACAAACAUUGAUUGCUGGCACAGGCGGAGGUGGAGGCAGUGGUGGCAGUCACAGUGGCUCUCUCAAUGGAAUACAUGCCACACCGGCGACCAAUCUUAAGAUGAGCGAAGCAUUGCGCAAUGCUCAGCAUGAUGCUAGUCCCAAUCCGGUUAGCUCCAAGAUGAAGGCAUCCAAAUCGUAUACGCACGGACUGAGCAACUCAUCGGGCACUGUCAACAUUCCCACAUCCACCUCGGCACAGAGCAAUCUCUCGUUGCUCGCGGACAUCUCGCCGAAUCACACUCACUUCUUUGAGGUGAUGUAUGUGGGCAAGAUACGCGUCUCCCAGAAACGUGUGCCCAAUAACUUUAUUGACGAUGCCCUGCCCAAAUUCAAGGCCUACGAUGCUCAACGCCUGCGACUCAUGCAGAGCCGCAAGAUGUCCCUGAGCAGCGAGGGAGGAGUUGGCAUUGAGGCCAAAAGUUCGUCUAGCACUCUAAAGAGUCAGGAGCUCAAGGAGGAGGAUGAGGAGGAGCACGAGCACGAGCACGAGCAGGAGCAGGAGGUGCAGCCCAAGCCGCAGGUGGAACUGCAUUUGACGGGAGCUGAAUCGGAUGCCAUUCCCCGACCGCUGGAGGACAACAAGGAGAACAAAUCGCCAACAAAACGGACUCUCAUGCGUGGUCAGAGUCACAUGGAAUUAGGCCAAAAGGAGUUCUCGGAGGAUAACCAUCAACUGGAGGCACCCAAUGUCAUUGUAAACAAGCAACCCACUCCGCCCAGGGAUGAUGUUGCCACAGCAACUGCAACUGGCACAGCUACAGCUGCUCCAGCUCAGUUGCAUCCACACUAUGCUCUGGAGAACAUACCCAAGUUGAGGGAUCGCUCAGCUUCCCAGGGUUGCAUACCUCCUUAUGCGGAACAGAAUCGCACGAUGGUCUUUUUGGUGGGACGCAGCGAUCUGAGAUUGAUAUCGCCGGAUCGCAAGCAGAUGCUGCUCUACAAGGAUUUCAAGGAUGUGGCCAGCUGUGUGCACGGCCAGAAGUCGCUGGAUCACUUUGGUAUCAUCUGUCGGGAGCUCAACAAUGAGGGAUACAUUGGCUACGUCUUCAAGUGUCAGUCAGAGCACGUGUGUGAUGACAUCGUGGCCGCCAUUGCCCAGGCCUUUGACACCUGUGCCGAGCAGAAGAAGAAGCAGGACACGCAGAUCUUUAGCUGCGAGCAUUGCCCCAUGUUGUGGUACCACAAGCUCUGCACCGAUGUGGAGGGUCUGUCCGAGAAGAAGACCCAGACAAUGAUCUGGCGUCGCAUUGCCACACUCAAUGAUGAGGAACAGGAAAUGGUCUGGGCCAAAUAUUGUGGCUCCGAGAAGACGAACUCACCGGUGGCCGAGCAAAAUCAGUUCCUCAUGAUGCUGUUGCGCGCCCAUUGCGAGUCCCGGCAGCAGCGUCAUGUCCAUGACACCGCCGAGAAUCGAUCCGAGUUUCUCAAUCAGUAUUUGGGCGGCAGCACCAUCUUUAUGAAGGCCAAACGCUCGCUGACCAACUCCUUUGAUACUUUUCUCAAACGCAAACCCUCCAAGGAUGACAUUUCCGUGCCGCCCCACAAUCUGCGUGACAUACGCGAAGGAUCCGCUGAGCCACAUGGCACUGAAUCACCACCCGAGGGCUUCCGUUCCCGUUCGAAUACCAUCGGCGGAAGUCCCAGCAACAAACCCAGCGCUGAGCAGCUCAAGAGUCCCAUGAUGGACAUCUUCAUCAAAGUGGGCAAUAGUCCGAAGGAAGCGGAAACACAUCAGGGCUCCUGGCGUCAGGCCAUACUCAACAGCGUGGUAACACCUUCAAAGGGACUGGACAGCGAGGCUCCCACCGAGUUUCUAUCUCCCAUGCGGAAGCCUGCCAAACGUGGCAAGCGGGAUGCAGCCGAGCUGAGGGAACUCUGGCGCACGGCCAUAAGACAGACGAUCAUGCUGAAUCGCAUGGAAACAGAGAAUGCCAUGUUGCAGGCGCGUCAGAAUGAGAACGAACUGAAGCGCAUCAAGCUGGACUAUGAGGAGAUUGUGCCCUGUGACAAGCAGUUGAUCGAGCGUUGGGAGCAGAUCAUUGAACGCGACUCCAUGCAAAUUGGCAACAAGAAGGAUCCCAAGGUUCUGCGUCAUGCCAUACGCACUGGCGUUCCUCGGUCCAAGCGGGGCGAUGUCUGGACCUUCCUCGCCGAACAGCACUCAAUGAACAUAGCUCCGGUAGACACAAAACGUUUCCCCAACUACAAUACGCCGUAUCACACGCUGCUGAAGCAUCUGACGGAGCAUCAGCAUGCGAUUUUCAUUGAUCUGGGACGCACCUUUCCCAAUCAUCAGUUCUACAAGGAUCCAUUGGGCUUGGGGCAACUGUCGUUGUUCAAUCUGCUGAAGGCGUACUCCAUACUUGAUCCAGAGCUGGGAUACUGUCAGGGAUUGGGCUUCAUUUGUGGCGUGCUGCUGUUGCAUUGCGACGAAGCGAGCGCUUUUCAGCUGCUUAAGCAUCUGAUGUUCAGCCGUAAUAUGAGGACAAAGUAUCUGCCGGACAUGAAGAAGUUUCAGCUGCAAUUGUAUCAGUUGUCGCGCCUGGUCAAGGAUCAUCUGCCCGACUUGUAUGUGUGGCUGGAUCAGAACGAUGUCUCACCCACUCUAUAUGCCGCUCCCUGGAUACUGACCGUGUUCAGUUCCCAGUUCCCCUUGGGAUUUGUGGCGCGCAUAUUCGAUUUGUUAUUCCUGGAGUCCUCCGAUGUGAUCUUUAAGUUUGCUAUUGUUCUGCUGUCGGUGCACAAAGCACAGCUGCUAGCAAAAGAUAACUUUGAGGAGAUCAUGGACUAUUUGAAAUCUGUGGUGCCCAAAAUGGAAUCCAAUUGCAUGGAACAGAUUAUGAAGCUGGUCUUUACCCUGGACAUUGGCAAGCAAUUGGCCGAGUAUAAUGUGGAAUAUAAUGUACUGCAGGAGGAAAUAACCACGACGAAUCAUCAUCUGGAAAUGCUGAACAGGGAGAAGACACAGAAUCAGCAUCUGGAGCAGCAGCUGCAGUUUGCUCAAUCAUCAAUUGCACAGCUGGAAACAACGCGAUCGUCACAACAAUCACAGAUUUCAUCGCUGCAAUCGCAGGUGCAAUCCUUGGAGCUGACCAUACAAACGCUGGGACGCUACAUUGGCCAGCUGGUGGAACACAAUCCGGACUUGGAACUGCCCAGCGAGGUGCGACGUAUGCUGCAGCAGCUGGACGACUUGGAUCGGCAGCGACGUAAGCCCAUUUUUGCGGAGCGUAAAAUUGGCAAAUCAAUUUCGGUCAACAGUCACUUGGGGUUUCCACUCAAGGUGCUCGAAGAGCUGACCGAAAGAGACGAACAUGGUUCGCCACAAAAGCAGAGGAAGGAGAAGACACCUUUUUUUGAGCAACUACGCCAGCAGCAACAUCAACUGCAGCAGCAGCGUAGCCAUACGGCCAAUGGACAGCCGCAAUCCCAAGCGGUUGCUUCACCCACGCCACCACCAACGCGUCCAAAUCGUCUGCUGGACAAUGCCAGUGCAAGGAGCGUGAUGCAAUCGAAGCUGGAUGAACUUAAAUUGCCCGAACAUGUGGAUAAGUUUGUGGCGAACAUCAAGAGUCCACUUGAGGUUGACUCUGGCGUCGGCACACCGCUGAGCCCGCCCAGCACCGCCAGCAACCACAGCAACAGCAGCGGUAUGAGCGGCAGCAGCACCGGCAGUAUUUUCAGUCGCAUGGGCUACAAGAGCACACCCUCAUCCCUAUCUCCACUAGCAGCACGACAUAGCUAUAUCAAUGACAUUGCCAUAACGACAGCACCAUCAGCAGCGCCGGAACAACUGGAACAAAUGAUAACCACGACAGCACAACAAGUGCUGACACCAGAACCUGAGACAGGCAUGCAUCCAUUGAGCAUGGUCGGCGGUGAUGUCAAUGUGCGCUUCAACGGCACCACACAGCUCAAGUCCAUUCGACCUGUUCAUCACAUGAGAGCCAUCACCUUGCCCGGAGUGCCUCCGAGCAGUGCGGAGGCGACACCAACAACGGCCACCGGUCGCAGCUAACGGUUCUGAUUCAUCAGCAAGCUGCUGCGUGGACUCUACAGGGAGCCCAUUCUGGAGCAGACGUAGAGCUAAAGCUUAACAGUACAACUUAGUUGCGGCUUAAAAUAAUAAUAAUUAUAAUACCAACAACAACAAGAGAAAAACAAAGACAAAAGCUAACAAAAAUUUCUUUAUGUUGCAUGUUGCGCACAAAUUGUUGCCAUAAAUUACAUAGAUUAAUGAAAAAAACGCUCCCUCAAAAUUCCCUAAACAUUAUAUACAGUCCCCAUAUAAAGUAUAUAUAUAUAUAUAUAUAUAUAUAUAUAUCUACACAAAUAUAGACAUGCUUAUAUACAAGUACUUAUAUACAUGAAUUGGAUAAAUGCUUUUGCAACAAUUUUAUAAAACCUUUGGCAUUACAUGAAUUGUGUGUAAACAAAUCGAACUUAAUCGAUGCUUAAGAAUCCACCUUUUCCGGGGGAAACUCGCUUAACAAAGUCUCAGUCUCAAUCUCUAGUUUUGUUUAAGUUUUCUAUAUUGUUCACAAUUAAUUUGUAACGAAUUUAAUUAGUUGUACUUGUUGAAUUUUAUGUUUCUUUAGUUUUAGUCAUAUUAGUUUUACACAUUCGCUUAACUUUAAAUUAAACAUAAACAUAAUUUGUACAUUUCUAUUGGUUUUAUUAUCAACAAAAAACGGAAACACCCACAAAACAUAUUAAACAAAUUCCGAUAAUAUAUUUGCAUGUGUACAUUUAAUAUUAGCUAUGUUAUAUGAAUUUCAAAAAUCUCUUCUUGGAUUCGGAUUAACUACUUAAAUUGAUUGUUUAAAUAUACGUAAAAACUACAUAAAUAUGUAUGUAUGUACUUAUAUACGAACAAAUUAAAAAACAAAAUGGUUCUUUGUUAAGUAAAUUGCUUAACUGGACUGUCGUCAUAGAGUUCAUGCAGUCCAGAGUUCUUGUGUAGCUGAUUUGUGUUUAGUAAAAGAAUAACAAAAUCAUAUACAAAAUUUAAU